AUGAAGGCAACAACUUCACACAAUCUCUUUUACUCACCAACUCCAAAAAACAACCAUCUCCUCCGCCCUCACCUACACCAACUGCCACAUGUCAGCUUCACAAUCUCCAAGGUUCCACUGUUAUCCUCCUCUUCCUGUAGCAGUGCAAUCAGGGCCGUUGAGAGAAGACGCCUGUCAUCUAUCUGGGAUGAGAAGCCAUAUGAGAUACUGGAAGAAGAUGUAGUCACAUUUCUUGACCCACCUAAGGAGCUUAUCCCUCUUGACCCGGACACUUACAAUCCAGCUGCUUACCUCUGGAGUAAAAUUGAGGAUAUUCCAGAAGAAAGGCGUCUUAGAUUAUUGUCUUUGAUAAAACAACCUAGGCUAAUAUCAAGAGCUUGGGAGAUAGCUGGCAUGAGAUAUGAGGAUGCUAAGUUAGCAAAGAAAUGUGGGUCUGACUUGUUGUGUUGUGAAGAUGGUGAAGUGUCAGUUGAGUUUUUCAGUUGUAGAAGUAAUGGAGGUGGUUUGGAUGUUUCUUGGAUGAAACAGUUCAAGAUGGCUAUAUUUCGUUGCCGUAAUGGGGAGGUUUAUGGGAGAUUUAUUGGUGGAUCGGUGCUGGCUCAAAUCAGAAAAACCUUUAGUCCAUUAUACUUUAAGGUCGCAGAGCAGAGGGAAGUAAUGUCUACGGAGCAGCCCUGUGAUUUAGCCUAUGAAUUUGGAGAUGGGCACUUGGAUCUCUGUGAUUAUCCUCAAGGCUUUCCAAGACCAGAAAAACAUCCAUAUCCUUUCGAUGAUCAGGUUGUCAUGUAUGUUCGUCAUGUUGGACCUGGGGUGCUAGUGGGGCAAGCAUGGCAAGAAGGGAAGGAAUUACAGCAAGUUCCUCAGAAGUUAUGUGAUGAGAUUUUGAUGGUUAAAGAUUAUGGCCCACCUAGAGAAUAUCCCUAG